AUGAGCCAUCAAGCGUAUCCUUCUCACGAUCCUAUAAAGGAGCCGCACUCGGUCUCUGUCAAAGUGCUCAGGCUCUCUCAGCCAUCGCUCGUAACGCAGUAUCCGAUAGAUCCCCCAUUCUCUCCUCCCAACACCAAGUCGCAGCCGGCGCCCGCCUCACUCGCAUACUCUGGCUCUAAUACGAACCCAGACCCGUUCCUACUCAGCCCGAUUCUCAACCUGCCGGUAUCGUUCGGCUCGGCCUACGUGGGCGAAACGUUUAGCUGUACCCUUUGCGCCAACAAUGAUCUCCCCCCUGAUGCGGCGAAGCGCAUACGUGAUGUUCGCAUCGAGGCUGAGAUGAAGACCCCUGGCCUCGGAGGCACCCAGAAGCUUGAACUCGGGCCUGCGAACAUACACGGUGCGGCGCCCGCAGGAGGGGUCGAUCUUGAGCCGGGGGGAACGCUACAGAAGAUUGUUGGCUUUGAUUUAAAGGAGGAAGGCAAUCAUGUGUUGGCCGUGACUGUGAGCUACUCCGAGGCUACGGAGACGAGUGGACGGACACGGACGUUCAGGAAGCUAUAUCAAUUUAUAUGCAAGGCGUCCUUGAUCGUGAGGACCAAGGUCAGCAGCCUCAAUUCGGAUACAAGCAACAUCAAGAAAUGGAUCCUCGAGGCGCAGCUAGAAAACUGCAGCGAAGACGUGAUACAGCUUGAAAAAGUGGUGCUGGAUACGGAGGAGGGCCUGGGCUAUCACGACUGCAACUGGAGCUCGGACGGGGACAAGAAGCCGGUGUUGCACCCGGGCGAGAUUGAGCAGGUUUGCUUCCUGGUGCAGGAGAAGGGUGCAGACAAUGGCCCACGGCUGACGGCGGACGGAAGAAUGAUCUUUGGUGUAUUGGGCAUUGGGUGGAGAGGAGAGAUGGGAUGCCGAGGUUUUUUGUCAACAGGCAAGCUUGGUGCUCGGGUUGCCGUUCGAUGA